AUGGCGGACCUCAAGGAUAGUAACAGUCUCAAAUUAGAAAUAGUGAUGUUUCCAUGGCUGGCCAUGGGCCACUUAAUCCCAUUCUUCCACCUCUCCAAGCUCCUAGCCCAAAAGGGCCACAGGAUCCACUUCGUCUCCACUCCCAGAAACCUCUCCCGACUACCCAAAAUACCCCUACACCUCUCUUCCCAAAUGACCCUCGUCUCCUUCCCCUUACCUCCCGUCCCCAACCUCCCGCCGCAGGCCGAAUCCUCCAUGGACGUCCCUUACAACCACCAGCAGCUUCUCAAGCAGGCCUUCGACUCCCUCCGCCCGCCGCUGACCGAAUUGCUCCGCCGAUUGAACCCCGAUUGGGUUGUUUACGACUACGCCUCCCACUGGCUCCCCGCCGCCGCCGCGGGUGCCGGCCGCCGGAUCUCCUGCGCCUUCUUCAGCCUCUUCACCGCCGCGACGAUCUCGUUCACCGGCGCCCCGGGGUUCGUGGAUUCGCGGUCGAGCGCGGAGGAUUUCACGGUGGCCCCCGAUUGGGUGCCGUUCGAAUCCGACGUGGCGUAUCGCCUCCACGAAAUCACGAAGUACGUGGAGAAAACGGAGGAGGAUUCUUCGGGGCCAUCCGAUCAGAUCCGGUUCAGCGUCGCGGUGGAGGAGAGCGACGCCGUGAUCGUGCGGAGCUCGCCGGCGUUCGAACCGGAUUGGUUCGACCUUCUCGAUCGGAUUCACGAAAAGAGGAUUAUACCCAUCGGGUUCUUGCCGCCGGUGACCGGUGAAGAGUCGGAUGAAGGUGGAUCAGCCGUAUGGGGUGAGAUUAAGGAGUGGCUCGACGAGCAGCGAGUCAACUCGGUUGUGUACGUGGCAUUGGGAACGGAGGUUUCGCUGGCCGGAGAGGAAAUCGCCGAGCUGGCUCUGGGACUGGAAAAGUCCGGGCUGCCCUUCUUCUGGGCGCUGCGGAGGUACGCGGCCGGGUCGACCCGGGACGCGGCGGCCAUGCUGCCGGGCGGGUUCGUGGAGCGGGUUGCGGGUCGGGGGAUCGUGUACACGGAGUGGGCCCCGCAGGUGAAGAUACUGAGCCACGACUCGGUCGGAGGGUUCCUGACUCACUGCGGGUGUAACUCGGUGGUGGAAGGCUUGGCUUUCGGCAGGGUACUGAUAUUGCUUCCGAUGAUUAACGACCAGGGGCUUAAUGCCAGGUUGCUGGCGGGGAAAAAACUGGGGAUGGAGAUUCCGAGACGAGACGGCGACGGAUCGUUCACCGGCGAUUCGGUGGCGGCGACGGUGGCAGCGGCCAUGGUGGAAGAGUCAGGCGAGCCGUGGAGGAGCGCCGUCAAGGCUGCUAAGGGGACGUUUGGAGACAGGGAGACGAAUGACCGGUUGGUUGACAAUCUUGCAAAUUACUUGCAAGAUAUGAAGAUGGGUUUCUUGUAA